AUGCAAACCUACCGCAUCACCAACAAGCUCCCUCAAGCUUACAAGAUCAUCAAAGUCACUCCUCAAGCAACCCCAGUCAGAACAAUGUUUUCCUUCCCGCGCUUCCCCUCUGGCGAAUUCGCCCCUCUCUUCCGUCUUCUAGACGACUACGCCUCGCACCAGAGCUCUCGCCAAGGAGGCGAUGACUUUGCCAACUUUGGCGGUCUCUCUCCCCUCCGCUCCUUCCAACCUCGCUUCGAUGUAAAGGAAGUGAAGGAUGCCUACGAAUUGCACGGUGAACUUCCCGGUGUGGAGCAAAAGGACAUUCAGAUCGAAUUCACCGAUGCUCAGACCUUGAGUAUCAAGGGUCGCACUGAGCGUCACCGUGAAUCUGGCACUCCACCCACUGCUGCUCUCGAAGGUCAACAGGAAACAGGCCGUAUCACAGGCAGUGAGGAGUCGACAUCUGACACUUCGUCUCAACACUACCAACCUCCCACCGUUGAAGACGAAAACACCACUUCCUCCACCACCAACACCGAGCAACAAAUCACCACCACCGACACCUCCAACAACCAACUCCAGCAACAGCAACAGGCACAGCAGAAGAAGUCUGAACACCGCUACUGGGUCUCCGAACGUUCAGUAGGAGAAUUCUCUCGCAGCUUUGCUUUCCCCUCCAGAGUUGAUCAGGAGAACGUCAAAGCCAGUUUGAGCAAUGGCAUCUUGAGUAUCGUGGUCCCCAAGGCUAGUGUGCCUGUCACGAGAAAGAUCAACAUUGAGUAA